AUGUCACGUUUGAUUCAUAAUUCGAAAUUCUUCGUCUCCAGAUUCUCAAAUAUAGCCGCCUCAAGAAAUGGACGCUUUUUAUCUAGUGAUUCUAACAAAACUACCGAUUGUAAAGAUUCUAAUAAAGUCGAUGAAACCUUUAAGGUUGAGGAAGCAGAGACAGUGCAUGCCCCCCCACCUCCAACAGAGAAGUUACUUAUCCUUGGGGGAAAUGGAUUUGUCGGUUCACAUGUUUGCAAGGAAGCUAUAGAUCGUGGUUUAGCUGUUGCUAGUCUCGGCAGAUCAGGUAGGUCAUCCAUACAAGAACCUUGGGCUAACAGUGUGUCUUGGCAUCAAGGAGAUCUUCUUUCAACUGACUCGUGGAAGGAUUCACUGAAGGGAGUAACUUCAGUUAUAUCUUGUGUUGGUGGUUUUGGUUCCAAUUCUUACAUGUAUAAAAUCAACGGGACUGCAAAUAUCAAUGCUAUUAGAGCUGCUGCUGAAGAAGGAGUUAAGAGAUUCGUGUACAUCUCUGCUGCUGACUUUGGAGUGGUAAACUAUUUGCUACAAGGAUAUUAUGAAGGAAAGAGAGCUGCUGAGACGGAGCUUUUGACAAGGUAUACAUAUGGAGGAGUAAUUCUGAGGCCGGGUUUUAUAUAUGGAACUCGUCGUGUUGGCAGUAUGAAGUUGCCUCUAGGUGUCAUUGGUUCUCCAAUGGAAGUGGUUCUCCAACAUGCAAAACCACUGAGCCAGGUCCCCCUUGUCGGACCCCUUUUCACUCCUCCUGUUAAUGUUACAGCAGUUGCAAAGGUUGCUGUACGAGCAGCGACUGACCCUGUUUUCCCUCCAGGUAUUAUUGACGUCCACGGAAUUAUACGUUACAGCCAGCAGAAAUCUGUAUAG